UGCUCCAGCGCGGAGUAAGUGGGACGCGCUGCCUGAUGUGGCGGCGGCGGCUGAGCCGCGCUCGCCUGCCAUCCCCGCGCGCCGGAGCAGCCGGAGCCGGAGCCGGAGCCCGGCGCCCGGGCAGGGUAUGAAGCACCCAAUAAGUCCUGACCAAAUCUUUGAAGAUGGAAUUAUGAAUCCAUCGACUUUUCUACGGGGCUUUGAAGAGAAAGGACUGAGGAAUGAUAGACCAGACUAUCAAUUAAGUAAAGAAAAAAAGAAGAUACUAUUUUCCUUCUGUGAAGUGUGCAAUAUACAGCUGAACUCUGCAGCACAGGCUCAGGUUCAUUACAAUGGGAAAUCUCACCUGAAAAGAGUGAAGCAGUUGAAUAAUGGGAAACUACCUACAAACACAACUACAGGCACUUUGUUUGCAAGCACAAGCACAGGCAGUACAUGCCAUACUACUACACUUCCUGCCCUUGUGCGCACACCGACUCUGAUGAUGCAGCCUUCACUGGAUAUCAAGCCCUUUAUGUCCUUUCCUGUGGACAGUAGUUCUGCUGUUGGACUCUUCCCGAAUUUUAACACAAUGGAUCCUGUGCAAAAAGCAGUCAUAAACCACACAUUUGGAGUAUCCAUUCCCCCAAAGAAGAAACAAGUUAUUUCCUGUAAUGUCUGUCAGCUUCGCUUUAACUCUGAUAGCCAGGCCGAGGCCCACUACAAAGGAAGUAAACAUGCCAAGAAGGUCAAAGCACUAGAGGCAACGAAAAAUAAACCAAAAGCUGGUUCUUCCAAGGACAGCGCAAAGGCUAACACAAGCUGCUCUACCACGCCAGUCACAGCCAUCUCUGACAAAUCAGAAGAUAAAGGGAAAGCGAAAACCAGUGCUUCUAGUCAGCCUUCAAAUACUGAAGUGGGCCUGUUCCUUCCCAAACCUGGAGCUAUAACAUUAGCACCUAUAACAUCGACAUCAUCCUCUAAGAGCACAAAUGGAGCAACAAGCACAGUUUCUGAAUCCGAAGAGGAAAAAGCCAAAAAACUACUUUACUGUUCACUAUGCAAAGUGGCUGUGAACUCCCUAUCACAGCUAGAAGCACACAACACAGGUUCCAAACACAAGACAAUGGUGGAAGCUCGGAAUGGUGCAGGUCCAAUUAAAUCUUAUCCUAGACUUGGAUCCAGGCUGAAGAUUCAGAAUGGCAGUAAGGGCUCAGGACUGCAGAACAAGACAUUUCAUUGUGAAAUCUGUGAUGUCCAUGUCAAUUCAGAAAUUCAGCUUAAACAGCACAUUUCCAGCAGAAGGCACAAGGACAGAGUGGCAGGGAAGCCUAUGAAACCUAAAUAUAGCCCUUACAACAAACUUCAGCGCAGCCCAAGUAUUUUAGCAGCAAAACUUGCAUUCCAAAAAGAUAUGAUUAAGCCCUUAGCACCUGCUUUCCUUUCAUCUUCUCUUGCUGCGGCUGCAGCUGUGUCAUCUGCUCUGUCCCUCCCUCCCCGUCCAACUGCCUCUUUGUUCCAGGCACCUGCAAUCCCACCAGCUCUCCUAAGGCCAGGCCACGGUCCCAUACGUGCGACUCCUGCAUCGAUCCUUUUUGCACCAUAUUAAUUUUGUAGUGAUAAUAAGAUAACUAUGGCCAGUAGAAGGGGGGGAAAGGAAGCAAAGCAAGCAAGGAUUUUAUUUUAAAAUGUCUUUCUCUUUUAUAAUGCCAUGCAGUAUGGCACCCCAACACUCCAAGUCACAGAAUUUUUCAUGGACAGGUACUGUAUUCUAGAAGCCUAGACAACGUCUCUGUGUCUCUCUCUCUCUCUCUCGCUCUUUAAAUUCAAAUAAUUUGUCUGAGAAUGGUUUACCAAAAGCUUAAUGGCUCAUAAAAAGCUAGCAUCAAGAUUCAUUCAUCUGUUUGUUGGUUGGGGUUUUUUAAAUAUGUAUAUCAUGCACCUUGUAAACAAGGAACACAGAAUAUUUCCUGACUGACUUGAAAACUAGGGUCUUCCUCGCUCACACAUGUAAAUAGGUCUCUGGAAUCCAACUGGGUAUAUUCUAGUGUGAAAAAAGGUAGAUUAACCAAGUGCUUAAUUGUGGAUAACAUCUUAAUAACUGACUGCAUCCUUUUCUUUUCAGUGUGCUCUUGUUGACAGGAAUUGUGUACUGUUUUAGACCGCAGUACUGGUGUAUCUUGUGUAGUACUAGAGAUGUAUUGCCUGUCUUAGUUAGACAUUUUUAGUUGCUGUGCAAAUGUUUGGAAGCAAUGCAGCUUUGAAGCUUUUUUUUAUUAAUGUAUUUCUCUUGUUUCAUGUUUUAGUUAGAUUAAAAAUAGAAAGCCAUAUAACAUAUAGUAAAGAUUACUAUUGGUUUACUAUUUUCAUUUUAACUUAUUUUGUAGUUUCCUCACUGGUGUUGCUAAGCAAUGUUUAACAUUAAAGAAAAAGCAAGCUUUUUAAUUGCACAUUACCACAGCUCACAUGCAUUGUUCAAGAAGACAAUGGGCCGUGUAUUUAUACGUAAAUAUCCUUUCUCUUCAUUUCUAAACUUGUUUCCUUUGUAACAAUGCUGCAUAAUGUUGUGGCUCCCUAAUGCAAUAAUGUACAGAACAUACAAUAUUUAUAAUUGACUGACUGUCUUUUCUGUUUACUGACUAUAUUGAAGUUCUGCCCUCCCUCGUCUCUUGUCCCUACCCCCUUUUAUAAAGGUAAUAUCAAUAUGCAGUACUCAGACUGAAGUCUUUGUGCGAUAUUGAGGGCAACAAGUAUAAUAAAGGAAUAAAAUAGAGUUAACUCUUUUAGAACAUCUUUAUCUGCAAUCCGUAAAUAGUAAAAUGUCUGUGUAUUUUUUUAAAUGUAUCUUUUCAAUAAAACAAUAUGAAAAAAUAGAA